AUGGCCUCAAUAGGUGCUGACGGUCUUAAUGGCGAUACACUGUUUGCCGUCAAUAAGGAGUACUUCGAUAAUUCCGUCCGAGAUUUAAGACCACUUGUGUUGGAACCGGAAAUAGGUUUGGCCAGAGAUGGCAUAUCAGCUCUAGCGUGGAAUGUCAUGUCGUGGGGCUAUUGGAGCGAUGCUUUUAAAAGUGCGCGACCAGUGGUCAGCAGAAAUAAAUGGAUUGAGACGCGUCACCAGGUUCAUAUAUGCGACCGAUGGUCAAAAUCAAAGUUCGAUGCACUUCAGUUGGCAUUGUUUAAUGGCGUGGGGAUCGAGACGUGGGAAAACGUAUGGGGGAUAUGGAAUCAAAUGACUGAUCGGGACUGUCAGGCCACCAAAAUGGUUGCGUCUAUUAUGAGAGAGUUUGCGCCAUUACUCACGAGUGACUUGUGGACACCGUUUUAUAAAACUGAACAAGCUGCUAAUUUUAUAUUUGCGAGUCAAUGGCCGGGAACGGCAAAUACAAGCCUGACUUUGUGGACAUUAAUUAAUCGCUCGGAUAAAGACAGUAAUGGAUCGCAAUUAGAGGUGAAACACAACGACAAUCAUAAGUAUUAUGAUCUAUGGCACGGAAUUGAGCUAGUUCCUGUGAUUGGUAAUGGAACGGCAAUCCUAAAGUUUGCGAUCGAGAAACAUGGUUUUGGUGCCAUUUUGAGUGGUAUUGAAAGUGAUUUACCCGAAAAUUUUGAGCAAUUUAUGACAACAAUGAAACAAUACUCUGAACGCACACUCGAGUCGUAUUCCGCAGCAAAUAUCGUCGCAAAGCAAACAAUGGUUACGAUUGAAGCGUCUAAACAAUAUACAAGUACUCCGCCAGGUAUGGUAUCAAUAGAUGCGGCAAAUUAUACAUUCGUCGUGAGUGGUAAUGAGAUUGAGGGCGAGAAUGAGCAAGGUGAUGACGUACAGUAUCCGUGGGAAGGGGAACCAACGCGACACCAUAAACACGUGAUUGACAUCAAGAAAUUUUACCUGGAUAAAACGCCAGUUACCAACGAGCAAUACAAUCAAUUUAUGAGUCAUACCAAAUACUCGCCGGUUGACAAUCACAAUUUUGUGCGCGACUGGCACCAGGGUCACUAUCCCGAUGGGUGGGCACACAAACCGGUCACCUGGGUAUCAAUGGACGACGCCCGAGCCUACUGCCGGUGGGCCGGUAAGCGACUGCCCCACGAGUGGGAGUGGCAGUACGCUGCCCAGGGUCACGACCAACGCAAGUAUCCCUGGGGCGACACUUUCGACGCCAGUCGUGUGCCGCCACCGGUUACGGGACGUGACUUAACACCGCUCGCCGAC